AUGUCUCAUGUUCGCGGUAAAAAUACUCGGCCUGGUGGUGGAAGAGGCAAGAAACUACGCGGCGGUCGAUCUGGGCGCAGAAACGAGAGGUUUUACGACGAGGAGAGACCAUUGUCGGCGAUUGACCAGCCUGAGUCAGUAGAAAAUGCAUCCGAGGACGAAACGAAUGAAGAAGUGAAGCCAACUAUUGAUGUUCCUGUGGCAAUGUGGGACUUUGGGCAUUGCGAUCCUAAACGGUGUAGUGGCAAAAAGUUGGAGCGACUUGGUGUGAUCAAAAGUCUUCGGGUGGGCCAGAGAUUCCGUGGUAUUGUCCUGACCCCCCAUGCCACCCAAGUGCUAUCGCCACAGGACAAGGAUAUUAUUGUAGGAGGAGGAGUGGCCGUCGUCGAGUGCUCGUGGAGUCGACUGGAUGAGAUACCGUUUGGAAAGAUUAAAUCUCCUAAUGAACGACUGUUACCGUUCAUGGUCGCAAGCAACCCGGUGAACUACGGACGACCAUGGAAGCUCAACUGUGCAGAGGCGAUCGCGGCUGCAUUUUACAUCGCGGGCCUUGACCCUUACGCGGAAGCCGUCAUGGAAAAGUUUUCGUGGGGGGGCUCGUUCUACUCCCUCAAUGGGACAUGUAAUACAGCAAAAGAAGUACAAGAUGUGCAAGAAGAGAUCAUUAGACAGUCUAAUGAUCAACAAGAAAACGACGGUGAUGACGAUUACGCCUCGAAAGACUGGCUCGUUGAGAAUCCAAACCGUAGACUCUCGGAGGAUCACUCGCCAGGUAGAGAGGAUACAGAGGGCGCUACGUCGGCUACGCCAGAUCUGGGUCCGGCAACGAGAGCCUCCGAUGUAUGA